AACAGUUCCGUCGACCAGAAUAUAAACUCUCUGAUGAUGAAAUCAUUGAUCAAAUAAUCACAAUUUUAUAUUCUGGUUAUGAAACUGUCUCCACCACUUCCAUGAUGGCUGUUAAGUAUCUCCAUGAUCACCCUAAAGUUCUUGAAGAACUCAGAAAAGAACACUUGGCAAUUAGAGAAAAGAAAAAACCAGAGGACCCCAUUGACUUAAAUGACCUCAAAUCAAUGAGGUUUACUCGUGCGGUGAUUUUUGAAACCUCGAGAUUAGCUACGAUUGUCAAUGGUGUUCUUAGAAAAACCACUAAAGACAUGGAACUAAAUGGUGAGUUUGGAAGAUUUCAAGCCUAGAUUCAUAGGUCAUAGCCAUAUAU